AUGCAUGUGAAAAAUCUCUUUGCUGCCUUUACCCUCGCUGGCAUGGCCGCUGCUUAUCCGGCUGAGGACUUUGAAUCUACAUCAGAUCUCGAAGAAAGAGGUGCUACUUGCCCGAAAGGUCAGAGUUGGUGCUGCAAACAGGUUCUUGGGGGACUUGCACAAGGCUACUACAGCUCAAACGGCGGCAAAUGUACCAAGGGCACAUCCUUCCGAAUGCUGUAUGCAUGGCCAAUGGGUCGUACGUUUUAA